AUGGCUUGCUGCGAGCACUGCACGGAGGACUAUCGUGUCAACGUUCCCAGUUGUGAAGUCGAAAUCGACGGUGUGGUCACCGAUGGUAAGCUGAUGUGUAAGCAGAAACCAGCUACUGCUGGUGCUGCUGCCGCCGGUGCGGCCAAAAAACCCGCUGCUGCUGCCGGAGGUGCGAAGAAGUCUACUGCUGCUACUGCCGCGACUACCAAGAAAGCUGCUGAUGCCGCUGCCAAGGCCAAGAAGAUCGCCGCUGGGGACAAGAAGGCUGCGGCAAAGAAGCCAACAGUCAAGAAACCAGCUGCUAAGAAGGGCGCACCGACUGCUAAGAAACCUGGCACAGCCACGGCAAAGAAGGCAACCGCACCCGGUAAGAAGUCAGCAACUGGUAAGAAGCCUGUAGCCGGGAAGGGAGCUGCUGGUAAGAAGCCAGUCGCCAAGAAGGCUGCCCCUGCAGCAAAGGGUGACAAGAAGACCGUCGAGGCUAAGGUACAGAAGGGAGCCGCUAAGGCUCGUGCUGCCGCUCUGUUGAGAGCCAAGCGUACCAAGACCAAGGUCGUGAAAGGACCGUUCGGAACGGAACUACGUAGGAUCCGUACUACUGUGAAAUUCCGCCGGCCCCGUACCCUGCGUCUGCCACGUAACCCGAAAUUCCCAAGGAAGUCGGUGCCAACUCGCAGCCGCAUGGAUGCCUACAGCAUCAUCAAGUACCCACUGACGACGGAAGCAGCCAUGAAGAAGAUCGAGGACAACAACAAUUCUGUUUCUACUCUACUGUACCGUUGCCCCCGGCUGCGCAGUGAAAUGAAUCUGUCAAAGGAAGCAAAACAGCCCGUGCUACGGGAUAACACAACUUCGAUCGACUUUAAGAAAACUCGUGGUGGAACCACAGUUCAAGAAGUGGAACAACUGGUUAAAGUUAAAAUGGAGCUUAAUCUCGCGGAAGUUACAUAUGUUUAG